GUAAACAGAAAACAUUGAGGAAAUCGCUCGUGUCAGCCGCCACACGCGCGUCUGCUGCGGGAACCGUGCGGUGCAACGAGUAAAGGCGGACAUCGGCCUAACGAUUCCCGUGUGUUUUGAGCAAAGUUGGGCGAUCCGCGGCCAGCUGACCGCCGAUGAAGCGAUGAAGGGAGAGGCGGAAGUGAAGUCACUUGACAGACCGUCCAUGUUAUUAUUGUUAUUUUGGUAGCCCUGUGAUGAGACGGGCUGCUGGGGAGCCGUUGGUCUUCGAGACGUCGAGUGUCAACGCUGCCCCAGGCCGCCCCGGACCACCACCACCCUCACCCUCACCUCACUGACCCGGAGUACGGGAGCCUCGCUGGCGGCUCAGGGGGGGAGGUGGAGGCGGAGGAGGAGGAGGGUGUGAAGACCCAGCUUCAGCUCGGCUCCUACACUCCGACCGACCAAAAAUAAAACGGCGACAAAAACAAUAACCGUCAAACGACUCGAGUGGUUUCUGCGCGGCGUGUAGCUGGGACGUGCCGCCGCAGACAUGAACGGUAUCACCAAGGGCCGGUUCGAGGUGUUCUCAAACAGCGAUGAAGCCCCCAUUAAUAAGAAGCUCCCCAAAGAGCUUCUUCUUAGAAUAUUCUCCUAUUUAGAUGUGGUGACACUGUGCCGGUGUGCCCAGGUGUCCAAGGCGUGGAACGUCCUGGCCCUAGAUGGCAGCAACUGGCAGAAGAUCGACUUGUUCAACUUCCAGACGGAUAUAGAGGGCCGGGUGGUGGAGAACAUUUCAAAGCGCUGUGGAGGCUUCCUGAGGCAGCUCAGCCUGAGGGGUUGCCUGAGUGUUGGAGACGCCUCAAUGAAGACUUUUGCUCAGAACUGCAGAAACAUCGAAGUGUUGAACCUUAACGGCUGCACUAAGAUCACAGACAGCACCUGCCUCAGCCUCAGCAAGUUUUGCUCCAAACUCAAACACCUAGAUCUCACUUCCUGCGUGUCCGUCAGCAACCACUCCCUCAAGGCCCUCGGUGAUGGCUGCAGAAUGUUGGAGACGUUGAACUUGUCGUGGUGUGACCAGAUCACGCGCGAUGGCAUCGAGGCCCUCGCUAGAGGUUGCGCUGGUUUACGAGCACUGUUCCUCAGAGGCUGCACACAGCUGGACGACGGAGCAUUGAAACACCUUCAGAAACACUGCCCAGAACUCACCACCAUAAAUAUGCAGUCUUGCACACAAGUAACGGAUGACGGUUUGGUCAGUCUGUGCCGAGGAUGCCACAAGCUGCAGAACCUCUGUGUUUCUGGCUGCAGUAACAUCACUGAUGCCUCUCUCACUGCACUGGGUCUCAACUGCCCCCGACUUAAGAUCCUUGAAGCUGCACGAUGCUCCCAUUUUACGGACGCUGGGUUUACUGUCCUGGCCAGAAACUGUCAUGAGCUUGAAAAAAUGGACUUAGAAGAAUGUAUUUUGGUGACAGAUAACACCCUGGUUCAGCUGUCAAUCCACUGCCCUCGGCUUCAAGCACUGUCCCUGUCACACUGCGAGCUGAUCACAGACGAUGGCAUCAGAGCUCUGAGCAGCAGUACCUGCGGCCAAGAGCGCCUCACUGUGGUAGAGCUGGACAACUGCCCCCUCAUCACUGACGUGACCCUCGAGCACCUGAAGACCUGCCACCGUCUGGAGCGCAUCGAGCUCUACGAUUGUCAGCAAGUCACCCGGGCAGGCAUCAAACGCAUCAGGGCCCACCUUCCAGAGAUCAAAGUCCAUGCCUACUUUGCCCCCGUGACACCCCCUCCCUCUGUACAUGGAGGUGGCCAGCGUCUGUGCCGCUGCUGCAUCAUCCUCUGACAGUGGAGGGCCAGGGGGGGCCACCUCUGUCUACAGGUCCUGCUGCUAUGAGAAGGGGGCUGAU